AUGUUAAGCCCAUCAGAAUUCGCGAAACUCAUGCGUGAGACGCCUACAGAUCAGGAGACCAUUGAAACCUUUACCCCCCAAGAAGUUGAGUUUCAUAGAUGGUACGUGACCGAUAGGACGCCUGGUCUGGAUCUUUCCAGCCGAGACUGGGCUCAGAAAGCCUGGCCCAACGUUGAAAAUGCGUAUGAGAAGUGGAUGAUUUUCUAUGAUAAGUGGAUCUGCCGCACACAUCGCAAAUAUGGCACGAGUUACGCAAUCUCCGAGGAUGAUUACAUUGAUCUUAUUUGCUCAAUGCCAUGUAAUAAUCACGAACAAUAUGAUAAAGCGAAGGAGGUACAGUUCUGUUGUGAUACUAAUGCCAUCAAGCUAGGAGAGAGCAGUUUUGGUGGAGCGUUGACUGGGUACAUUGUGGACGUGGGCGGCUCCUGCCUGCUUGCAAACUUCCAAGUCGAUGACGAUCCGGACCCUCUAUACCACCGGAUUUGUUCAAUCGACUUGAACAACAACCGGUAUCGCUACUCUACAAAGGACUUGGGCAGUUUCACCCGAGGCACCGAUAUCACCGACUUUUUAGAUCGCGACCCAUUCUGCUUCUGGGAGAUCGGUCAGCUCAUGUGCUGCAGCGGCAAUACUUGGAAAGAUAUCAGCAAGGGAGGAGUAGCCAACACUAACCCCGAUCCUAGCUUGAGCCCGAGCAUCGAUCGAUGGGACUGGACUGACUACGUUGUUGUCAUUCAGCUUGACCCCAGCGGCUGUCCUAGCGGGGGCGUAUACGUCGUGCAUGUGAAGGAAAGGAAGGACAAUACUAGCUGCCGUGGGGCGUUAACGCGGCCUGAGCUCCCUGGGCCCCUUGACAGAUGGAGCAAGCCGCCAUUCUUCAUGGCCAAGAUUGCCGACAAGUUUCAAGAUCUGAAAAAGACUAGGCAAUUCGACUUCGAAGUGAUUUUCAAGGAGAUACAAGACGUUGUACCCGUCAAAGACAAUCUCACCCCCGAGGGGUUUACCAAAAUCCACCCAGGAGGAAUCGAUGAGGUCGAGGUCACAGAUGGAAACACUCUUAACAGCACCUCCUUCGACAACAGCACUAGCACCAUUGCCCGGCGGGACCCGGUUGGCGCUACUCUCCCUCUCAAGUUUGUCAACAAUUUCAGCGGCGGCUCAGUAAAUGCCUACAUCUCGGGCUUGGACUCAAACGGCGUCGUCGUGUUUCUAGGUGCCGACGGGUCCUUGAUCUACCCUUCCUCGGGUGGCUCCACGGUCCCGGUUCAAAUCAGUGACAACAUUGCGAUUCCCAUCAGCUCAUAUGGUGACACGCUUGAAUUCGUCUUACCGAUUGAGAUGAGCUCUGGGCGCAUUUACUUUGCGGAAGGUGAAUUGUUAUUCUACAUGGUCAACAUUGGCACAGGCGACGGCUUGGUUCAGCCAUCCGUUACCAACCUUCAGGAUGCGAGCGCCAACAUUAAAUGGGGAUUUGUCGAGUUCACUUACACUGGCGGGGUCAUAUAUGCCAACAUCAGCUAUGUUGACUUUGUUGGCAUGGGUCUAGGCAUGUUGCUAUCUGUCACUGAUGGCACCACUCAGAGCGCGGCCGGGCUCCAGGCUGACAGCGUCACCAACAUCUGCAAUGACUUGGUUACGCAGAGAGAUGCGGAUGGAUUCCCGUGGAGCUCCAUGUGCCUUGCCAAUACUUCAGGAAUUCCCGUCCGAAUCUUAUCGCCUGGCAACUUCCACGCCAUCAACGCCGACGUCUUUGGAAACUACUGGACUAGCUAUGUUGACGAAGUCUGGAGCCAGUAUACCACUGAGGCCUUGACUAUCAACACGCAGACGGAUUCCGGGCCUGUGAGCUGCCAGGUUUCGGGCGAGGAAUUGGUCUGUAACGGCGACAACCGUGGCUACGCAAAGCCCAGCGCCGACGACAUCUGGGGCUGCAACACCGGACCGUUUGCUAUCCUAGGUGACGACAAUGCCAUUCACAAGGCAGUGGUGCCGCGUCUCUGCGCUGCAUUUGUCCGGUCCACGCUUCUGCUCGACGGAGGCAACGCGCAACCAAGCCUCAACAGCGAUUCAUACUACACGGUGGAUCCGACCAACCACUACAGCCGUAUCAUUCACAAUUACGAGGUGGAAGGUAAGGGAUAUUCAUUCCCAUACGACGACGUCAACCCGGACGGCAACGAGAACGCCUCGGGCACUGUUUCGUCUGGAAACGUCGACAACUUGACCAUUUACGUUGGCGCCCCGCCUUCAUAGC